AUGCCUGAUCCACUUGAUAGUGUUACCGCUAGAAUCGUUACUAGAAUCGAAGCUGUACUCCACCUUGGUAGCACAGUCCAUCAAUAUCUAAGUAAUAUCAAAGACCCAAUCACAGAUCACAACAAUAUCAUCAACGAGAUCAACUCUAUAUAUGAAAUCCUUUCUACUUUACAAGCUAAUAUACAAAACAAUUCAAUCAAUAAUGAAGAUUGGUCAACAAUUUCUCAAAGACUUGAAGGCUUCGAUGGCCCAUUAAACCUCUUAAAGACAGCACUCCAGGAAUUAACUACGAAAUUCGAGGAUACAGCUUCUACCAUAGAUGUUAGGGUUCUUCCAUUGGAUUUCAAGCAGAAUGAAGCAGAGGAACUCUUCCGAUUUGUUACAAAGCAGAGAUCCUUACUAUCUUUGGCUUUGAGGAAUAACUAUGUUGCACCUUCGACGGAUAUCCACGGUAAUACACUCCCUAUUCGUGAUAUCGAGAAUACAAACCUUCAUAAACGAUAUUAUACAAAUCAUGAUACAACUUUCAACUCGCAGUAUCAAGAUGAUAAAUCCCGAUAUCUACCUGAAACACAGUCUAAACGACAGAGAAUUAAUCGACAAGGCAAUUUUACAAACGCGGGCGGAUCACAAUUCAUUGCAUCAAACCUUAAUUCUGGAGGAGGGUCUAUUAAUAUCAAUACUCACACCUUGGAAAACCGCUGCCUAAUCGACCUACGAACCACCGAUCCACGAUUGGACAAGAGACGUAUCGAAGAGACUAAAGGAGGACUACUCGAUAAUGUAUAUAAUUGGAUUUUCGAUAAUAGUGAUUUUCAACAAUGGCACUUUAACCGAGAUAAUCGCCUACUUUGGAUUAAAGGAGAUCCUGCACUCUCUGAGAUUUUGAAGGAUAUCUUGCAUGAUAAGAAUUUGAAGCCGACGAUCUUGAUUAUUGAUGCACUUGACGAAUGCCAAAAAGACCUGCCACAAUUACUUCGCCUAAUUGUUUCGGGCUUAUCCAUUUCUUCUCGUGUUAAAUGGCUUGUCUCUAGUCGAAACUGGCCCGAAAUCGAAGAGCAGUUACAACAAGCCGAGCAGGGAACCCGGCUCAGUCUCGAGUUGAAUGCUGAAUCAGUAUCUGCUGCUGUCAGAUGUAGAUAUGGAAGAUAUCGAGGCGGCUCAGAUAUGCCUUCAGAUCCUGGCUAUUGUAGUAAUAGCAUAUCGGCCUCUUACGCUUGA